AAAAAAAAAAAAAAAAAAACUCCACCGGCGCCCUCUUCUCUCCCCGGUUACCGAAUAUGACACAAUGUCUGCUGGUAUAAAAAGCUAGGGCCACUCCUAUCGAGGCUCCACUUGCAUGUCUGGAGAUCACUCCGGUGCUCUGCAGCGAAUAAAGGGAGGAGGCUGCUGCUGCUGCUGCUGCUGCUGCUGGGAUCCAGCGCGCGUAUACGGGAGAUACUAGAGAGAUAGACAGAGAGAGAGACAGACAGAGAGGAGAGAGGAUGGCCACCCUGGUAGAAUCUGCAGAAAUGGAGACUUUAGGCGGUCAAAGCAACACCGGGGUAUCACCGACAUCCUCCAACCCCUCGCAGCACUUCAACGACAGCAAAUUUUACCUGCUGGUGGUUAUCGGGGAGAUCACAACGGAGGAUCACCUAAAGUGUGCCAUUGCGGACAUAGAGAAAGGGAUCCGCUCAUGGGACACAAACCUUAUUGACUGCAACCUGGACCAGGAACUCAAGCUGUUUGUCUCCAGACACUCAGCUCGUUUCUCUGCAGAAGUCAGAGGGCAGAGAAUUCUUCACCAUAAAAGUAAUGUCCUGGAGACGGUGGUUCUUAUCAACCCUUCAGAUGACGCAGUCAGCACCGAGGUUCGUUUGAUGAUCUCAGACACGGCCAGACACAAGCUUCUCGUUCUCUCUGGGCAAUGUUCUGAAAACACCGGAGAGUUGAUUCUUCAGUCCGGAGCUUUCUCUUUCUUCAAGUUUAUUGACAUAUUUACUGACCAAGAGAUUGGUGAAUUGCUCAGCACCAUUCACCCAGCAAACAAAGCCAACCUUACACUCUCUUGCCCUGAACAAGGCGACUGGAAAAACUCCAAUUUGGACAAACACAACCUGCAGGAUUUCAUUAACAUGAAGAUAAACUCCACUCUUAUACUCCCUGAAAUGGAAGGCCUCUCAGAGUUCACAGAGUAUUUAUCUGAAUCAGUAGAGAUCCCAUCACCUUUUGACAUGCUAGAACCACCAACCUCAGGUGGAUUCCUCAAACUCUCCAAACCAUGCUGUUACAUUUUCCCCGCCGGUUGUGGUGACUCUGCUCUCUUUGCUGUCAACGGCUUCAACAUGCUCAUUAACGGUGGUUCAGACAGGAAGUCAUGCUUCUGGAAGCUGGUGAGACAUCUGGACAGGGUUGACUCUAUCCUCCUGACCCACAUUGGUGAUGACAACCUGCCAGGCAUCAAUAGCAUGCUGCAGAGGAAGGUUGCAGAGCUCGAGGAGGAACAGUCACAGGGUUCAACGGCUAACAGUGACUGGGUGAAGAACAUGAUUUCUCCAGAUAUUGGUGUUGUGUUUGUGAAUCUGCCUGAAAACCUGGAGACCCCUGAACCUAACUACAGAGUGCGGAGGAAUGUUGAGGAGGCAGCGUUCACUCAGCAGUUCCUCACCAAACUCAAUCUGAGGAUAGAGCCUUUGCAAAGACCUGUUGGAAACACUAUAGAACCAAUCAUACUUUUCCAGAAAAUGGGCGUUGGGAAGCUUGAGAUGUAUGUGCUUAAUCCAUCAAAGAACAGCAAGGAGAUGCAGCACUUUAUGAAGCAGUGGACGGGUAGUGAAAAAGACACCACUUCCAUUCUUCUGCCAAAUGGAAAAGAAUCUGAGUUCCCUGUCUCUUACUUCACUUCUAUCUCCUCACUCAUUGUGUGGCACCCUGCAAAUCCCUCAGAUAAGGUUGUGCGUGUUCUCUUUCCUGGAAAUGCCACCCAGCAUCACAUCUUUGAAGGUUUAGAAAAACUAAAGCACCUGGACUUCCUGAAGCAGCCAGUUGUCACUCAAAAAGCAUUGUCCGCUACCAUGCCGUCAACACCAACACUAAAGCAAGCUAAGAUGAAACACAGAACAGACAGCAAAGAGAGCCUAAAGUCUACCCCAAAGCCUUCACCAAUCAGAAGCAUCAGGAAGGAGUCAAAAGAGGAAGCGCCCGAAAAGGCGAAGACAGAUGCAGAAUCGUCUCAUGAAAAAACACAAAAGACAGAGAAAAAAGAAAAGGUCCCGGUGAAAAAGGAAAAGGCAAAGACAUCCGAGAAAGAAUCAAAAGCAAAGACGGAGCAAACAGCCCAAAAUGAAACUCCAGAAAAGAAGAAGGUUGUUAAAAAGGAGACCAAAACAACACCUGUCGAAAAGAAAAAGGAGGUUAAAAAAGAAGUCGCAAAGAAAGAUGAUACAGCCAAACAAGAAAGUAAAAAGGAUGAAAAAGUAAAGAAAGAGGAGGCAAAGAAAGUUAUCAAAAAAGAUAUCAGAAGAGACUCACCUAUGAAGGAGAAGAAGGAAGAAAAGAAAGAGCAAAAGAAAGAUGUCAAACGGCCCUCUAGAGACAUAAAAAAGGCAGCUGUGGGUGAAGAAAAGAGUCCAGCGCCAAAACCAAAGCCCCUGAAAAAAGACAUUGCCACAAAGAAAGACGCGGGAACCCCGUCAAAAUUAAAAGAGAAAGGAAAGGCAAAGGUGACAAAGAAGGAGACAAAAGUGGACAGUGACAAACUUGUAGCUAGUGCAGCUGUUAUUGCAGAUGAUCCAGAAGCAGUAAGAUCUCUAAUGUCCUCACCAGAGGACCUCACUAAGGACUUUGAGGAGCUUAAAGCUGAAGAGUUGGUGGAAGAUGAUGCGACUGUGCAACAAAAUAAGGAUGAAGAGGCUGUGAUGAUCCACCAUGAAGAAGUAAUACAAACCAAAGAGUCACCUGAAGCACCAGAGUCUCUGGAUGAGGGAAUAACCACAACAGAGGCAGAAGGGGACAGUGGAGAGACUCCAGAUGAACAGGUUCUGAAGGGAAAACUCAAUGGCAUUGUAAGUGAGAAAUUUGAAGAUGAAGGCACUGUAAUGGAGGAGACGUUUGAGGUCGGAGAUUAUGAAGAGAAGGGAGAAACAGAAGAGGUUUAUGAACCACAGAGAGUGGAACCAGAUAAAGAUAAGCUUACUCCCACUGAAGAUGAACACCAAGACAAAAUUGAUGAACCAGAACCAGAACCAGUCAAACCAGAGAAGAGCGUUGAAGACGAUGAUGUGACAAACAAAAAUGUAGAAAUCCUGCACAUAAGUGAUAAAGAAACUGAAAAACUUAACAUGUGUGUAUCAGCCUUACCCAAAGUGUCCUCACCAGUGUCUCCAGCUGCAUUGAUCCAUGAUGAAAUGCUUCCAGUCGCCUUCGAGAGCUCUACAGCCUCAGAUGACGAGAACAGAGAUGAACCCCCUGAGGAAUUCACUAUCACUUCUGGCCACACUCAGUCCACCAUGGAGAUCUCCAGUGUGCCUACUCCAAUUGAUGAGAUGUCGACUCCUAGGGACGUUAUGAGUGACGAAACCAUGAAUGAUGAGACUGAAUCUCCUUCACAGGACGUUGGCAAGUUUGGGACAACAGCAUCUGGAGAGUUUGAUAGGAAGAAGCUGUCUCCACUUCAAGAUAUGCCAGUACCAGAUCACUCUCAGAGUGAAGCCACAGAAGGCCAUGACUACGACCACUCCGCUUCCACGAUAUCCCCCCCUUCAUCACUAGCAGAGGAUAAAGUCUGUAAGGAGUUUCUCUCUGUAGGCAAAGAUGAAGGACUUGCCACAACUCAAGAGCCAUGUGAGAAGAUUGACAUAGACCCAGCUAGACUCAGUUCAACUUCCACAACAUCACCUCUUGUACGUUCUCCCUCAGUUGACCGCAAAGACAAGUUUGAUUCUCCACCACUAUUUGCUGCUCCAAUAGAACUGUCCACCACACUGGCAGGGAGCACCAAAGGAACAGCGGAUUCCUCCAUCAGCCCAGAUGACAAGACACUGGAAGGAGCUAACUCACCUCAGUCCUCUGGUCACACACCUUACUAUCAGUCACCAGUAGAUGAAAAAGCCGGAGUUAUACCUCCUGAGUGUGAAGACAAAGAACAGGGUCCAAUAAUUGUGGAGGUCACAAGUGAUAAAGAAGAUUCCUCAAGCAGAGUUACGCCAGAGCCAUAUGAGCCAGAACCAGAACCAGUACCAGAAAGUUUCUCCCCAGGAGAGAGACUAAUUUUCUCUCCAAAAAGCGUAUCUCCAACUGAACCUGAUUCCCCAACAAAGACUGAAAGAUCACCCUUUGAUAUAGAUCAUAAGAAAACUGAAGAAAGCAGCCAUCCAGUCUUGUCCUCAGCACCACUGACCAAACAUGAAGACACUAAUCUUUUCACCUCUUUCAAAGAAGAGAGCAAAAUGUCCAUUUCAGAGGGUACCACAUCAGACAAGUCAGGAACACCUCUAGAGGAGGUGGUAGCAGAAGAUACAUUUUCACAUUUAGCUUCAGCAUCCACAGCUUCUCUGGCCACCAGCUCCCUGCCAGAACCCACCACUGACUCUCCUUCCCUUCAUGCCGAGGUAGGCUCUCCUCACUCAACAGAAGUAGAUGACUCUUUGUCUGUCUCCGUGGUUCAGACCCCAACCACCUUCCAUGAGGCUGAAGGAUCGCCAUCCAAGGAAGAUAGCCCGAGGCCCAUGUCUAUCUCCCCAGACAUCUCACCAAAAACAAAAAGCAGAGGACAGUUGCAUGACACAAAAUCCCCAGAACACUCCACCAUGUCAAUAGAGUUUGGCCAGGAGUCCCCUGACCACUCCUUAGCCCUGGACUUUAGUAAGCAAUCCCCAGAGCAUCCAUCUGUGGGAGGCGGCUCACGUGCUACAGAGAACGGACCAACUGAGGUUGAGUACAGCCCCUCUGAUAGAACAGAUGGAAAACCAUCUGAAGACCAUAGCCUUACAAUGGAGAAGCCUUAUUAUUUUGAUGAAAGUGAUUCAGUCCUUGCCACAUCUGCAACUCCAUCAGAUGCAUCUCAGUCUACUCCCUCUGUUACAACCCCAUGCCAAAUGACAGAGAUCCCACAUGCCGUGGUUGAGCACACAGACAAGUCCCCAGUCACCCCAAAGGCAUCGUCACUCACCCAUUCUCCCCAUUCCAAGGAGCCAUCCCCAGUGCUAGGAGGUCCCCCAGCCAAAGACGGCACCAGCCCAGUUUCACCAUCUUUAGAGACCAUUUCUGAUAAAUUUGACACACAGCAAAAGUUUGACAAGUCACCCUCACCUCCCAAAGCUAGCACCAGCCCAAUCUUACCAUGCAUGGAGACCAUUUCUGAUACAUUUGACACACAGCAAAGGUUCGACAAGUCACCCUCACCUCCCAAAGACAGCACCAGCCCAAUCUUACCAUGCGUGGAGACCAUUUCUGAUACAUUUGACACACAGCAAAGGUAUGACAAGUCACCCUCACCUCCCAAAGCUAGCACCAGCCCAAUUUCACCAUCUUUAGAGAGCAUUUCUGAUAAAUUUGACACACAACAAAAGUUCGACAAGUCACCCUCGCCUCCCAAAGCUAGCACCAGCCCAAUCUUACCAUGCGUGGAGAGCAUUUCUGAUAAAUUUGACACACAACAAAAGUACGACAAGUCACCCUCACCUCCCAAAGCUAGCACCAGCCCAAUCGUACCAUGUAUGGACAGCAUUUCUGAUAAAUUUGACACACAGCAAAAGUUCGACAAGUCACCCUCACCUCCCAAAGCUAGCACCAGCCCAAUCUUACCAUGCGUGGAGACCAUUUCUGAUACAUUUGACACAGAGCAAAAGUACGACAAGUCACCCUCACCUCCCAAAGCUAGCACCAGCCCAAUUUCACCAUGUAUGGACAGCAUUUCUGAUAAAUGUGACACACCGCAAAGGUACGAAAAAGCUACCACCAGUCCAAUUUCACCAUCUUUAGAGAGCAUUUCUGAUAAAUUUGACACACAGCAAAAGUACGACAAGUCACCCUCACCUCCCAAAGCUACUUCUCCAUCAUCGUCUUUUACCCUUUCAAAAGAAGAGACUUUUUCCCCAGCAAAGGAGACUAAUCCUUUUAAAUGUGAGGAUUCUACACCUGAGGCAAAAUCCCCAAUGAGCCCCAAAGUUCCCUUUCCAUCAUAUCUGCCUCUCUCCUCUGAUCCGUCUCAUUACAAUUCUGCCUCUGGAUCCAAGGACCCAGAAGCCGCCACACUCCCCUCUGCUCCAUCCAAGACAGAUGUUGACCUCUGUCUAGUCACUUCAUGCGAAUACCGUCACCCCAAAACAGAACUAUCCCCAUCUUUCAUCAACCCUAACCCUCUAGAAUACUUCAUCAGUGAAGAGAAUGCACUGAAUCAGGAGAAGCCUCUGGCCAAGUUAGGAGGUGGACCCCCACCACCAGGAGGUAAGCUUUCUGCCAAGCAAUGUGAGGAGACCCCACCCACAUCCAUCAGUGAAUCUGCUCCCUCCCAGACAGAUUCAGAUGUUCCACCAGGCACAGAGGAGUGCCCCUCCAUUACAGCAGACGCUAACAUUGACUCUGAAGACGACUCUGAGACUCUGCCUACUGACAGGACCCUGACCUACAGGCAUGCCGAUCCCCCUCCGGUGGCACUCAGGGACUCUGCUCCAUCUUCAGGCCACCAUGAUGUCUGCAUGGUGGACCCAGAGGCGCUCAAGGCUGAAGAAAACCUCCACAAUGCAAAUACAGAUGGAGGAGAAAAGGCCAAGAAGAAAAAGCUUGUAAAGAAGACUUCCUCACCAGCCAGGAAGACUGCUCUAUCAAAAGUGAAGGAUUCAAAGACUUCUUCUCCAAAGAAGACUGUCGGAGAAGGGAAAGAUGCCAAAAAUGCAACCAAUACCUCUGCAUCCAGAGGUGUGAAAAAUGCCACAUCAGGUACUGGCAGUGGGAAGGCAUCAAGUGGGGCAUCGCUGCCCAACUGUCCUCCCAUGUACAUGGAUUUGGUUUACAUCCCUAACCACUGCAGUGCCAAGAAUGUGGAUGCUGAGUUCUUUAAGCGGGUUCGCUCCUCUUACUAUGUGGUCAGUGGCAAUGAUCAGACAGCUCAGGAGCCCAGUAGGGCUGUCCUCGAUGCUCUACUGGAAGGAAAGGCCCAGUGGGGCAACAAUUUGCAGGUCACUCUGAUUCCAACCCAUGACACUGAUGUGAUGAGGGAGUGGUACCAGGAGACUCACGACAAGCAGCAGGAGCUCAACAUCAUGGUGCUGGCCAGCAGCAGCACUGUGGUCAUGCAGGAUGAGUCCUUCCCGGCUUGUAAGAUUGAGAUGUAGGCCUGUUUCACAAGUGAGACAAGCGAUCAGGAGGCCUAGUGACUGAUAAUGAGAGGGAUUGUUAUCCGAAUUUAUGUAGCAUAACACCUAAGCAGACACUUAAACCUUUAUAUGCUAAAAUGAUACUUCUUGUGUAUUAAACCCCACCAAGAAUGAAUAUCUUAAUGAGGAUUAACACUAAUACAAAUUAGCCUUGAGGGGCUCCACGCAAAGGACAAUGUUUUCUACAUGUAAAGUAAUACAUCCAUGACACCCCUCAAGGUGUUAUCUGGUUUUUAGGUCUAAAUGGACUGUACUGGGAGGAAAUUAGAAACCAAAAAAACACCCCAAAAAGCCAUUUUUGUCCAAUUAUGGUAACUCCAGUACAAGAUCAAAUAAUGAUGUUGUUGAUGAUGUAUUGAGUUUCUUCUGCAUCCCCAGAUCAAAAUACAUGAGAUGUUUUAAAUAAUCAAACUGCUGUUAAAGAACAAAACAUCCCUGCAUAUGACAUAUUCUUGAAUGAUGUUUGUUAUCCACACCAAAGGAUGAAACAAGUCGUUUUCUGUUAUUGCCUUAGGGAAAGUCAAAAUGAAUGUAUAAGAACUGGUGCAACGAACUGAAGAGUAGGCAGGUAACUCUACACAUCAGAGGUCUGUCCCAAAAAGGACUGUUAAAUGGUUACACAGUUGAAUGAUGGUAAAAAAAAUAAAUUAACUUGAAAGCAUACUUAACAUUGAUUAGUGUUAAUAUAAUGUCUGACUUCAUAUUCAUCAUGGGCGAGACAAAGUGGCCCUAGCAUUGUGAAACCGUUCCAUGAUUUUAUUUGAUUUAAAAUGGAUGUUUGGGCGUUUUUUUGGGUUUAUGUUGCUGCUAAUGAUGUAUGCAUAUUCAUUUAUUAUGUUACAUUUAAUUUAUUGUGCUUUAUUGAUUGUCCAGAUAGCCUUGUACACUCAUACACAGAUGUUCUCCCUUGCUUUUGUUACAUCUGUAAAAUCGCUUCCCACAGACAAAGUUAAUGUUUUUAGAGGAUUACCUUUCAUUUAAGAUUGUCUUGUUUUAUUUACAGGAAUUAAGUUAUUUCAAAAAGAGAAGAUACCUGUUUUUUAUGUAAUCAUUUUGCUAUGGGGGAGCUAGACUUUCCCCAUUGUAAAGCUAGUGAGGCAGGAUAUUUUCAUAAACCUUAAAAUGUCUUGUUUUUCUAAAGCAUUGUACUAUAAUUAUAAAUAGCUUUGUGGCCGAUGGAGUGGUUGGAAGAUGUGCAUGAGUUAUGAUAAAUUAGGAUUUUUUUUUCUCUCUCUCUUUUUUUAACGGGGAUUUUGCUCAGACUUUCAUUAUGAACAACAGGGCUAUACAGGCUAAAUAAAGGAGCGUUUUAUGAUUUUUGCAAGUUGUGCCAUGACAUUGUACACUACAGUAACUCCAGCGAUUUCCAAUGGCACUUGUAUUGAUAUUGAACCUGAUACUGGGUGCAGCACAGUGUAGAUUUUAAGGUUGAUGUAAGUUUGGGAGGCUGAAAAUGUCUCCUCUUUAGCCAGGAUAAAAGGGAAACAGCUUCCACUAGAGGCGUAGUAUUGAGGGAGGCAGCACACAGACGUGGGAGUGAGUGACUUGUGAGUUUUAGAUGAAAGUAUGUAAAACUAGACACUUUAAACACAAACAUGACACUU